AUGCCCAUCUAUGGCGCGCUCACGUUCCUGCUAUACCUAUUGCCCGGUCUGGGUAAUGUGCUGGAGAUGCUGCGCAACAUAUGGGAGGGGCUGCUAAUCCACUCAUUCCUCUGUCUCCUCAUGGAGUACUGUGGCGGCGAAAGCCAGUGCGGGGAGAUAAUUUCGCGAGAUCCGGCUGUGCUCAAGCACCUAUGGCCGCUCAAGGAAAUAAAGGCGUUCUCACUCAGCGAAGACAUACCGCUCAACGUCGGAUUCGUCAAAAGGUGCCGCAUGGGGACCAUGCAAUAUGCCUUUGUGCGUCCCAUACUGGCAAUUCUCUCGGUGGUAUUUAGACUCACGGGUAUUGAUAAGUUAGCGCUGGUUGCUGCAUUCAACUGGAUCGUGAUCAACGUCAGCGUAGCCGUUGCACUCUACGCACUCGGGCUUUUUUACCUCGCCACGAAAAACCACCCGGGCCUCGCAAAGGCCAAUUGCCUCACGAAAUGCGUAUCGCUUAAGAUGAUGGUGGUCUUCACGUUUUACCAGGGGUGCAUCAUAUCGUGGUGUACAUCCCUUGAGCGUCCGGUGGCUGAACAGCUCAACACAGUCCUUGUGCUGCUUGAGUUGCCGUUUUUCGCCAUCUUGCUGUGGAAGGCGUACUGUGUUGAGGAGUUCAUACUACCACUGGAUAUGGAUUUGAAUUUAGAGGUGCCUGCAAAAUCCAGUUCGGAGCAACAGGAGCAAGCAGACGUGGAGAGUCCACAGGUAUCGGAGCCGAGCUGCAUUUUCGAUGAGCGAUUCUUGAAGCUCUGUGCUGCCAUAGGUCUAGACGCCGAUGAUAUCCGAGUCGCGGGAACCGCUGAGGGCAUGGAGAAGAUAGUCACAAACGCCUCCAUGGCCCUCAACAUGACAGACCUUUUCAAGGAUAUCUAUUACAACUGCAGUGAUAAAUACCGUCAACACAGCCUUCUAUCUCAGGCGACGGUAAAACCUGCUGACACGGAGUCUUCCGACAAGGCGUCGGGGACAGAUCCCGACGCUAACGUCGUCGAAAACUUUGCGGAGUUCGAAAAGGAACAAAACAAGCAAAAUAUGGAGGAAAAGGCCAACACGCUCGCCAAGCUACAGUUUCUCUGA